UUGGUUUGUUUGUUUUUGAGUGCAAAACAUUUCGCAAGUUUGUUAAACUUCUUGAAGAAUCACGCAAUUCGAACUAUGCUGCGCCAGACGAUUUGCUCGCGAGGACUCCACCUCAGUGCUGGAACCGGCACCAAGCGCUGCCCGGAGAUGAUCGACCGGAUUAUCCGGGUGGACCACGCCGGCGAGCUCGGUGCCAACCAGAUCUACAAGGGCCAGCUGGCGGUGCUGGGUCACACCAAGGCAGGCAAAACGAUCGAGCACAUGUGGGAACAGGAAAAGGUCCACAAGGCCGAAUUUGACCGGUUGAUGGUCAAGUACCGCGCCCGCCCAACGGUCCUGUUGCCCUUCUGGAACUUGGCCGGCUUUGCGCUCGGAGCCGGAACGGCCCUCCUCGGCGAAAAGGCCGCCAUGGCGUGCACUGUCGCGGUGGAAUCGGUAAUUGUCGAACACUACAACGACCAGCUGCGCCAAAUGAUGGACGACCCGAAGUUUAAGGACCACGAACUGCUGGAAAUUGUGACGCGCUUCCGGAACGAGGAGCAAGAGCAUCACGACAUUGGGCUGGAAGAGGGAGCCGAGCAGGCGCCCUUCUACAAGGCACUCACCGACGUGAUCAAGUUUGGCUGCAAGACGGCGAUAAAAAUAGCCGAACGAGUGUAGGCAAUAAGGUUUUCAAUAUUUAUGUUUGGUUAAUACUGAGAAACUAUAAAUUUUCGUUUAUUUAUCACAACAAAA